GAGUCAAUGAUCGCAGUGUUAACACAGAGAGUAUGUAAUGUAAGCGUCAUAUAUAAGACCGAUAGGGGAGAGGAGUGUGCAUGAGAUCGGCUAAUCAUAGAGUGGGUGAUCGAUGAGAAAAUGGCGCUAACCGUACCCGGUUUACGCCCUAAACAUUUCAAUUUAAUUACAUUAAUCAUAACUACACUUCAAAUAAUAUGCAGAUGUCUUGUCGCUGCCGAUCGCAAUAGAUAUUAUCACAUAUCAGCGCUUUGUAUGAGAGAGCGGAUACAUCCGUUGCACAAGAAAGUUGACGGCGCCGUCAUUACGAGUAAAUCUGAGGACAACCUCGACUGUACCAUCACUUUCCAAACGGAUACAAUUCUUCAGCGAUUUAUGAUUCGUUUUGAAAAGCUUGCGCUCGACUGUGACGACCAUUUGUUUAUAUACGACGGCGCACAUGCCAUCGGCAAUCAUAAGGCUGACCUGUCAUGUCGUAGUACUCGUACUGAAGUGGGUACUAUAUUUACCCAGGGAAGUUUCCUUACGUUGCGCUACACAACUGAUCCCUACAGUAAAUCCGAUAAUGGAUUUCGACUAAUAAUUACGGCUUUCAAAGAGGCCCCGGUUCAUUGUAAAGAUCACAAGUGCUUAAACUCAUUUUGCAUAUCCAAAGACUUAACAUGUGAUGGCAUUAACCAUUGCGGUGAUAAUAGUGAUGAAACAAGUCAUGCCAAUUGCGCCGAUCCAGAAGUAUUUGAUGGACUAAUAUUAGGAUUAGAGGCGCAAACAUUUAUAGCGGUUAUAAUAACAGUGUUUAUUAUAUGUUCCGUAUGUGUGGUUUGUAUUGCCAUAUGUUUGUGUAAACGGGAACGACUGAUACAACAACAACAACAAAGGAUAGCACUUCAUCCACAGUCAUCACAUCCAGCACUGGCUCAUCCACAGACUUACUCAAGUGGACAGCAAAGGUUUGCAACCCUGCCGUUAGAAAAAAUUAAAGAUAAACCGCCACCAUAUCCGGGAAACUUGUUUACCCCCGCAGUCGGAAACGCACACUCGCAGGUCAUAUAUACGGGCAAAUAAUCUCUUGUAAACAAAAACGAUUGGUUCGCGUCAGAAGAAUCAAGAGACCGGCAACAGUGCCGGCAAUGCCUUUAUUUUUAGAGCCGACGGCUGCGGGGGAGGAAUGGCUCGUCUAAACACACCAUUAAUAUCCUCUCA